CUGUUUGAACAUCACUGGUACCUUUGGUUUGUUGUUAAUGCAUUAAAAUAGUACUUAGUAAAGCGGUUGACAUUGUAGGUUAACGACCGAUAACGGAGUGGCUUUAUAAUGUUUUAUUCAAGUUCUGAUCGUUGAGGCAAAUGUAGCAUUUAUAACGGUUCUUCUAACACGUGGGGAAUUUUUUUGUAUCUGAAUUAGCCACGCCACGCUGUACCCAGCGUGUAUCACAAACAAUAUAUUUACUGAACGGAUUGAGACUUUGAAUGUAAACGAUUUCACAUGAUGGAAAAAGAUGGGUACUACAUAACGGAUCUGAGCGCGUAUUUAACAGUAUGGCAUGCGGUAUAUUUCUGUAUAAUGAUCCCAACUAUUGUGGGUAACGGACUUAUAAUAAUCAGCAUAAUCAAAUACCGGAAGUUACGUAGUAACAUGCAUGUGCUGGUUCUGAACCUAGCAGUGUCGGAUUUGAUUGUCGGAGCCGUUCUGAUUCCCGUCGAUUUAUUCGGAGAUUUCUUCAAGGUAAAGUCGGACAAAAAUUACUGCUUAGCGACGGUUGCAUUGUUCAUUACUAGCCUCGGGUCAUCAUGCUAUAAUCUGUUGCUGAUUUCUAUCGAAAGGUACAUCGCCAUAGUGUACCCGUUGAGGGCGCGUUUGAUGCUUACAAAGUCAAAAAUGGCAUUAAUGAUUGCCAUCGGCUGGGUAUUAACCAUUUUAGACGGGCUGCUACCUAUAUUUGGCCUCAACACGUUCUCCAAUUCUACCGCCAAUGCGUCCGCCUGCCUAUCGACGGAAGUAUGGAACAAGGGGUACAGGGUCAGCAACGACUGGCAGCUGUUGGUAGCCCUAAUUGCGAAUGUCACCCUCUACAGUAUCGUGGUAUUCGUAGCAGUGCGCAAGGCCAGCGGAAAAAGCCGCAUUGGCGACGCGAUCCAGGGUCGUUCGCGAACGACGAAAGAGAUGUACCAGUUGAUCACCAUGGUAAUAGUCCUCGGUACGUUCAUUUUGUGUUGGCUACCGUACAAUGUGAUGAUUAUAUUCGUGACUCUCUGGGACUGCGAGUAUUACCAAUUUAUCAAGCGCUGCCCACUGAUACCGGGGGUUCUCAAUUCCGGCCUAAACUGGAUCAUUUACGGAUACCGUAAUGCGGACAUACGGACAGCUUUCAAACACGUGAUAAUGUGCAAGAAAACAAUUAGGAAUUCUUACCACGCCUCUGUGUCAUAACACUUUUUUAUGUGUAUUGAUAGACGUCUAAUAUUAUUAUCUUUAUCGUAAACAUGUAUAUUGUUUCGUGAUAGCCCUACCGUGCACUAUAUGUUCACUGUCCAUGCAAUAUU